AUGUCAGCUACCGUGAAUUCCAAUUCACGCACGAAGCACCGUAUAACUCCGGCAGCGGGCGGCCCUAUCACCCUUCAAGUGGGAGAACGGCGAUUCAUCACCACAAAGAAUACGAUGACAGGAGAAAGCCAUUUCUUCGCGGCACUAAUGUCAGGGCGCUGGGAUAGUAACAAGCAAGCAGAUGGCUCUUAUUUCAUUGAUGCGGAUCCCGACCUCUUCGAACAUAUCCUGCGGUACCUUCGACGAAGUGUCCUUCCUAUUUUCUACCAUCCCGAAAAAGGUCACGACCACGUUCUAUAUCUCGCACUUCUGGGAGAAGCGAGAUAUUUCCAGAUUACACGAUUAGAGAAUUGGUUAAAGAACAAGAGAUAUCUUCAUGCAUCCGAAACUCAAUGGACAGAUGAGAAUGUAGUGUAUCAUCCGCGUUGGGAUACAGAAGAAGUUUAUAUAUGUCCACGAGAAAUUGAUGUCCACAAGGGUAGCGAAAGUGCGUGUAGAAGGCAGUGUGAGAAUGUACGUGGUGAUUCGGGGUACAAAUACGAGGAUGAGCCAAUUUUGAAGACGCUGGUGAUUCGAAAAAAACUUGUUGUCGAUCAGGAGGCUUGUCUGGAGGGAUUGGAUGAAAAUUGA